AUGAUUCGCUCAACACAGAUAUCGAGGCUAGAUGGCCUCAUGCUCUGCGCCUCCGUCGACGACGAAGCCCAGUCCGACGCCGCCGCCCUCAACGAAGUAAAGCAGCAGCUCCGCCAAAUCCUCCGCAAGCUCACCCCCACCUCGGAGCCCCAAGCCUCCAUCGAGACGACGUCGUCCCUCUUCACCAUCCACUACCUCAUCGACUCCGCCGUCGUCUUCGUCGCCAUCUGCGAGCGCUCCUACCCGCGCAAGCUCGCCUUCACCUACCUCGCCGACCUCGCCCGCGAGUUCACCACCACCUACACCCAGCAGGCCAUCCACAACCCCGCCCUCCGCCCCUACGCCUUCAUGGAGUUUGACAACUUCAUCGCCAAGACGAGGACCACCUACGCCGACGCCCGCGCCGCCCAGAACCUCGACAAGCUCAACGACGAGCUCAGGGACGUCACCAAGAUCAUGACCAAGAACAUCGAGGACCUGCUCUAUCGCGGGGACAACCUCGAGCGCAUGGGCGAGAUUAGCAGUCGCCUGCGGGACGACAGCAAAAAAUAUAGGAGGGCGGCCGUGCGCAUCAACUGGGAGCUCAUGCUGAAGCAGUACGGCCCCUUUGCUGGCUUGGGCUUCUUUAUCUUGAUCUUCAUCUACUGGCGCUUCUUCUAG